AUGAAUUCCUUUUCUGCCAAUAAUAGAGUUGCCGUGGUUUGUUCUGCCCGUUCUUCUCAAACCAAAAGUGAAGGUACCACUUCAAGAUUAUUAAGAGCAGCCGAUUUAGCUAAUGAAAAUAAAGAUUUCCAAAACUUAUUGGAUGUCAUUGAAGAAGAUCACGUCAACAAUGCCAAAGAAUUCAUUGUUCAUAAACCUGAAGUAUUACAAAAAUUAAUAGAAGAUACUAAACAGGAAUUAUUCCAUGCCCUCCAAGAUCCUUAG